UCUCACACCCACUGACCGCGGCGCUGCCGCCCGGGGCGGAGCCGCUCCCGCUCUCCCGGCGCUCUCCCGGUGCCGUCCCGCACUGUCCCCUUUGUCCCGCGCUGUCCCGCUCCGUCCCUCUCCGUCCCUCUCCGUCCCGCUCCGUCCCGCUCCGUCCCUCUCCGUCCCGCUCCGUCCCGCUCCGUCCCGCUCCAUCCCUCUCCGUCCCGCUCCGUCCCGCUCCGUCCCGCUCCGUCCCGCUCUGUCCCUCUCUGUCCCUCUCUGUCCCGCGCUGUCCCGCGCUGUCCCGCUCCGUCCCGCUCCGUCCCGCUCCGUCUCGCUCCGUCCCGCUCCGUCCCGCUCCGUCCCGCUCUGUCUCGCUCCGUCCCGCUCUGUCCCGCUUUGUCCCGCGCUGUCCCGGUGCGGAUGCGCGCACUGAGGGCGCUGCGGUCCCGCAGGCUCCGCGCGGGUCGGGCCAUGGCGGCGGCGGCGGCUCCAAGGCGGGGAUCGGGCUCCGGCUCCAGCUCCGGCUCCGGCUCCGGCUCCGGCUCCGGCUCCGGGUCGGGUCCGGCCUCGGCUCCGGGUCCGGGUGCGGGUCCGCGGCGGGAGCCGGUGCUGAGCCCCAGCUCCAUGAACGCCGCCAUCCGGAGGGUGCAGUACGCGGUGCGCGGCCCCAUCGUCACCCGCGCCCUGGAGCUGGAGCGGGACCUGCGGCAGGGUGUCCCCAAGCCCUUCAAAGAGGUGAUCAAGGCCAACAUCGGUGACGCUCAAGCCAUGGGGCAGAGACCCAUCACCUUCCUGCGCCAGGUGGUGGCGCUGUGCCUGUACCCGGAGCUGCUCUCGGACUCCACCAUCCCUGAGGACGCCAAAGCUCGAGCCCGGCGCCUGCUGGAGGCUUGUGCCGGGCACAGCGCGGGCUCGUACAGCGCCAGCCCCGGGCUGGACGUGGUGCGCCAGGACGUGGCGCGGUUCCUGCAGCGCCGCGAUGGGGUCCCGGCCAACCCCAACCACAUCUUCCUGUCCGCCGGCGCCAGCGAGGCCAUCGUGACCAUCCUGAAGCUGCUGGUGUCGGGCUCGGGCCCGUCGCGCACGGGGGUGCUGAUCCCCAUCCCGCAGUACCCGCUCUACUCGGCGGCCAUCGCGGAGCUCGACGCCGUCCAGCUCGGCUACUUGCUGGACGAGGAGCGGUGCUGGGCCCUGGACGUGGCCGAGCUGCGGCGGGUGCUGAGCGAGGGGCGCCGGAGCUGCUGCCCCCGCGUGCUCUGCAUCAUCAACCCCGGCAACCCCACCGCCCAGGUCCAGCAUUCCCAGCCCCACAUUGUCCAUCAUUCCCAGCCCCACAUUGUCCAUCAUUCCCAGCCCCACAUCCCCUGGGAGGAGGUCACCGUGGGGAUGUCCCACCAAGAUGGAGCUCAGGAGGUCACCACGGGGAUGUCCCCACCAGGAGAUGGUGGCACCACCAUGGUGAUGUCCCAUGAAGAUGGAGCUCAGGAGAUGGUGGCACCAACACCAAGGUGA